CAAUCUGUACGAAAGCAAUAUUUAUCUCUCCUUGUGUCCGCGUUUCCGCUUCUGGAUGUUUUACAUACUGACAUAGUACGUUUCCUGUGAUACUUUGGUCUAGUUGAGAGGCAGGACAUUCUGCGCGUCCAUUGACUUGUAUUUACAUUACAACCGACUUACAGGUACUUCGUACGUAUUUCGACUGAAUUGGGCUACUGUUGUUACCAAAGGUGUUCUACUACUGACUAAAUUAGAAGUCAACAAAAAUUGUUUCUUGGCCACAAAAUGUUGUCUUUGAAAUCACUCACGGUGGCCUAAGAAAACGCGAAGUGAAAGAAAACAGUGACUUAAAAUGAAACCGGAUAGGCCGAUAGCUGUCUUCAUACAACUCAUCGUUGCGGCGCUAUGGAUUGGAAAGCCGAUUGACAUGUUAGAGCAGAAGAUCCAAAUGGUUCCUAAAUUCUCGUUUUUGAUGCCAGCCAUUGUAUGGGACCCGAGGAACCCGUUAUUCAAUUGCCCGAGUAGAGGCAUCAACACAAUUAAUGUAAGGAUGAAUGACUAUGUCAUAUUUGGAUGUCCUGCAGAAGGAAAAAACCUUGAGUGGUUUGACAGUGCAAGCACCUUACACUCAGAGAUGUAUGAAAAUGGAUUUCUUACAGAGAAUAAAACACUUUUAGAUCAAUGCAAUGCUACAAGUUUUAGCAAGAAGUUUUUGAAUUGCAAUAAUCCAAAGUCCCCAAUAUUUCGCACUAUUAGAGUGGCUCAGAUGGUAGCAAGUGAUGAUGAACCGAUUUUUGCUUACAACAAAGAAUAUUAUUUGUUUGGCACAGGAACAGGACGGGUUGGUGAUAUCGAUCAAAGACAGGGUGGUCGAUGUGCUGGUCAAGACAAUUCAGGUUAUCCCAUUCACAAAUUGAGGCUAAAGUUAAAAGUUUGUGCAGAGGGUGAAGAUGGAACUGCUAAAUGCCCCAUAUGUUUGACAGCUGCUUGUUACAAUAAUGGAUGUGGAAAUUAUUCGGCUUGGAAUAGAACACAAAAGUAUGUUGUAAAAGGCAAAAGCUGUUUUGAAGUUUAUAACCGAAAAUGCGACAAUGUUGGCGGAUCCUGCGAUGGCCCCUCUGAAAAACUUGUUCCAGCUAAUGUCAGCUCUUGCAUGGUGGCAGAAAGGAGUUUUGUUAGCAACAACAAUACAUGCUAUUCAGUACUCUCAAACUUCUGUGAUGAAGUGAGCUCUGGCUUUGAUUCGGCGAAUAUUACGAAAUGCAAUUCUACUCAAAUCUGGACGAAAGCUGAAACAAAUAAGUGCAAGAAAAUUGAAAAGGACUCUGCCUACAAUACUAGUUACCAGCUCACCCAGAUGGUUAUUUUUUCCCAUUCAGGUACUCAACAUGGUCCAGAUUCUAUGAGUUUGAAAGGAGAAGAAAAUGGAGUCGUUUCUGUGGUCUUACUCGUUUUUGUAGUUUGUCUCAUUUCGCCAUUAAUCAUUGGCAUCGCAAUUGGUUUGUGCCUUGGUUGGGUACUGGCAAGAAAAAAGUUUCGAAGGACCCAUUUUAUAGAGGAGCAUCGGCUAACAUCAUCUAGCAAAAAGCUUUGCGUUUAGCAAAUGGACCCAAUACCCGAAAUCACACAUACAUGUAUUUCGGUAUAUUAAUUCGUGGUUAAUUAUUGAAUGGUUUAUUGUGCUUUCGAUUGGUUAAUUUUCUAGCUUUGCAAUGUAGAUAAUCGUUAAUUUGCUGUAAAUUACUUAGUGUAAAUUAUCUUCUGUACAUUUUGCUUUAUUGAAAAGUACUGAUGGUGAA